GGGCCCCGGGAGAUCGUCGUUGUUCGGCCUUGGUGGGACCUCGCCCCCCGCGGGCACCAUGCGCAAGCUGGGCCUGCAGCGGGACCUGGCCGAGGCGGCUGCGCUGGAGCGGAGGCGGCAGCGCGAGCUGCACCGGCAGAGCCGCAUCUUCAACGCCCGAGUCAGGACCAUCGGGGUUGAUGAGGAUGCUUUGGAUACUCAAAUCAAUGAUAAGAAGAUUCAAGAGGCAAAUGAGAGAGCACGACAUGAGACAAUUGCUGGUGAAAUGAAGCAAAAUGACAAGAUCAUCUGUAUGUUAGAAGAACGACAGAAAGAGGACAUCAAAAACCUAAACAAAGCUGUCACUGAGUUUCAACAGAAUUUUCAGAAGCCAGAAACUCGGCGUGAGUUUGAUUUGUCUGACCCACAGGCCCUGAAGAAGGAUACUCCUGCUCGCCUCUCUGAUAAUGACCCUCGAUGUACUAUAUCCGGCUUGCAGAAGUUUCUAGGAGAAGAUUUAAACCAUGAUCGGAGGGUGAAAUUUCAAAAGGAGCAGUCAAGAGAAUGGUCUCUACAGCAACAGAGAGACUGGAAGAAUGCAUUAGCAGAUCAGAAAUUUGCAGAGGAUCUCCAUGACAAGAACAGGAUAGACCUAGAUCAAAAGGCUAUGGAGCUACAAAGAAAAGACGUAGAAACCAGACAAGCUGUUUGUGCCGCUACCAAGGAUUUUAAUAGGACCCAGGCUGCAGAAUUUGAAGAAAGAAAAAUGCUAGAAAAGCGUCAGGAAGAAGAAGAUAAUGUGGCUGAAAUUUCCAACCUCCUUCGAGGAGACUUGCUUUCUGAAAACCCAGAACAAGCAGCCAGUUCGUUUGGGCGACAUCGUGUGAUUACUGAUCGAUGGAAAGGAAUGAACCAGGAUCAGUUGAUGGCAAUACGUUACACUCAACAGCAACAAGUUCUGGAGAAACUGAGGCUGCAGGAGGAAGAACGGCAAAGAAAUGCAGAGUGGGACAGGCAACGUAUACAGGCCGCCAGAGCACAACUUCUUUUUGAGCGGCAUCAACAGCGACUAAAUCGAGAACUUCGCAGAACUCUGGAUAAUGCUAAUGCACAACUCUCCCAGGACCAGAAAUCAAAAAAAAUUUAUCUUCAGGAGGAAGUGUAUUCAAAUUUUCCAACAGGCCAAUAUUUUACACAGUUUAAUACAACUAGCCGGUGACAUAUGAGACACAUCCACUCUCUGAAAUAUAAAUAUAUGUAAGGUUUAUAGAAAUAUUAAAGUUUGAUUAACUUUCACUGCUUUUCUACGUUUUUCCCCAAAUUUCCAGUUAAGAUAUUUGUGCAUUAAAACAAACCCAUAUUGUCCUGAUGGCACAUACUUGUAAGUCAUAAGCCUGAUGAUUGUUAUUCCUUGUAAUUAAUGAGAAAUAUAGAGAUUGCUGCUAAUUCAUGGUUUUGGUUUGGGGGAUAUUUUUAUAAUUAACAUUUCUCAGGAGGAAAAGGAAAAUAACUGCAAAUAACACUGAAAUGAUUAUUUGAGUGCUAAUUUAGAGAAGUUAUUGGACCAAAUCAAUUCCUGGUCUGAUUCCAUCCCAAUGAAGAAUUUGGCCCAUUGUGGGAUAUUUUUUUUUAAUUUGUAUUUCAGAUUUUUUCACUACUCAUUUUUACUGCAUUGAAGUUCAUAUUUUGACUGAAACCUUCCUUUUACAGGUUACAGAAAUAUUGAGAUUACAGCAUGAUUGUCAGAUAACUUAAAAAAGUAAAACAAAACCUGAUCUUCAUAAAUGCUUUUCAGAGACCAUACUCUAUUUUAAAAUGCAGGAGGAAGUAUGGGAGGAGUAAUUGCUAUUGUUGAGAGCAAAGAAAAUGAAAUGUUUCUUAAUAUUUAUCCAUAAUUUUUAUAUAUAUAAAUAAAUAGAAUUGAAUUAAUUUUAUUAGUACUCCCAAUUAAAGUUAUGUGCAGUCACUAUAUCCAUUGUUAGUUUUUCAACAAUAAAACACUAAGGUCACUGGGUUGGGGUUUUUUAAGUGUUUUCAGUGCUUGUUGAAAGGUGAAAGAUUUGAUAGAAAUGGAACUUGAAAUAACCUGAUGAGCUGCUGAACAGAUGUUACAAAGGGAGCAGCACUGCAAGCUUGUUCUCCAUGCCCCCACAAAAAUGCACUGGGCCUAGAUAACCAUCCUGGAGGCCACCCUUAUCUGGAAUAGAAGGGAAAUAUGUUAGCUGGAACUAUUUUCAAACCUUGCUGUUUCCAGAAAGCACUAAUAGGUUCUACACUGGCUUCUUUGGCUAGCAUAAACCAGUUAACCAUGUUAUAAACUAUUUUAGAACACAAUUUUCUGGAAAACGUUUUAUUUAAAAAUACUUCUGACUAAUAUGAUUUCCCCCCAACACAGGGCCAGGGCGUGAGCUGCUGCAACCUCUGGGUCCACAUUGCCAGGAUAUUGGGACCAUUGGUUUCUGUAAAUGCAGAUCUGCAGCUUCUCUUCUGACCUAAUCUUCCAUACUGGGCAUAUGCAGGGCUAGCACCGAAAACUUUCCUCCCAAAGUGCAGGGGGAGUGCAGGGACUCCUGUGCAGCUGCUCAGCAAGCAGAUCCUUCAGACAGUCCCUAUGUGGAGAUAAAGUGGUGCAGUUCUCCUCACUAACAUGAUUUUCACACCUAUAUUUCACAUGCGUCAAUGAGAGUACCUCAUAUAACACUUUUAAUUUACACUUCUUAGGGCUG